CUCCUCCCUCUCUCCUCCCUCUCUUUCUCUCUUGUCUGUGCCUCCCAAACUCUCUCCAGAAGCGACUGGUCGACCUCAGAAGGUUCGUGGCUGAAAGCCGAACGUCAGUCAGAAUACAAAAAUACAAACGUUUACUUUUUUAGGCGCGACAGACAUUCAGAGAAGAGUAAACCGCCUCCAUCUGCACUGAAUCUGCUGCAGGAGAGAGAGAGAGGACACAUUCCUUUAUCUGGUGGACGUUUUGGGGGCAAAGUCUUCAUCAUGCCACAUUGGGGCGGAGGCAACAGGUGUGUGUCAUGUGGAGGAACUGUGUAUCAUGCCGAGGAAGUUCAGUGUGAUGGAAAAAACUUCCACAGGAGCUGCUUUCUGUGCAUGGUGUGUAGAAAAGGAUUAGACAGCACCACAGUGGCCAUCCACGAUACAGAGCUCUACUGUAAAUCCUGCUAUGGGAAGAAAUAUGGGCCAAAAGGUUACGGCUAUGGUCAAGGAGCUGGAACACUCAACAUGGACCGUGGAGAGAGACUUGGCAUCAAGCCAGAGGAGAGGAAGACCCACCAACCCACCACUAACCCAAACUCCUCCAAAUUCGCCCAGAAGUAUGGAGGGUCUGAGAAAUGUGCACGCUGUGGAGAAAGUGUGUAUGCUGCGGAGAAAAUUAUAGGAGCAGGAAAGCCAUGGCACAAAAUCUGUUUCCGCUGCGCGAAAUGUGGAAAAGGUCUGGAGUCGACCACACAGACGGAGAAAGAAGGAGAAAUUUACUGCAAAGCGUGUUAUGCUAAAAACUUUGGACCAAAAGGGUUUGGAUACGGACAGGGAGCUGGAACGCUGCUGCACGCUCAGUGACACACACUCUCUCUCAAUGAUUAUUUUUAUAAAUGUGCGUGAUAUAUAUGUGUAUACACACACUCACUGAACACUUAAUUAGAAACACCUACCUUGUAUCUACAAUCAUAACCCCAUUUUAUCAGCUCCACUUACCAUAUAUGUGCACCUUGUACAAUUACAGUUUCUUUGCGUAGUUUAUUAUCCCACCUUUACCCCAUAUAUCAAUGGUAAGGACCCAUACAAGACCACCACAGAGCAGGUACCAUUUGGGUGCUGGAUUGUUCUCAGCACUGCAGUGACAUUGAUAUGGUGCUGGCGUGAGUAGAUCAGUCACAGCUGCUGGAGUUUUUAAACACCCCAUUGUUACUGCUGGACUGAGAAUAGUCUACCAACCAAAAAUAUCCAGCCAACAGCGUCCUGUGACCACUGAUGAAGGACUACAGGAUGACCAACGCCAACAAUGCAGCAACAGAUGAGCUAUUGUCUCCGACUUUACAUCUAAAGUUACCCUUUAUUAAUCCCACAACAAGGAAAUUCACCUCCACAUUUAACCCCUCUGCAUAGUGAAACACCUACAUACACACUAAUGAAUACACGCACACUAGGGGGCUGUGAGCACACUUGCCCAGAGCGGUAGGCAGCCCUAUCCACAGCGCCCAGGGAGCAGUUAGGUGCCUUGGUCACGGGGCACUUCAGUCAUGUUUUGUUAGCUCAGGGGACUGAACCGGUGACCUUCUGGUCGCAAGGCUGGUUCCCUAACCUCCAGUCCACAACUAUCCCAAAGUAAACCAACAAGGUAGGAGUGUCUGAUGGUGUGGCCAAUGUUUAAAAACUCCAGCAGCUCUGCUGCGUCUGAUCCACUUGUACUAGUGCAAAAUACCCUAGCAUGCCACCACCAUGGCAGUGUCACUACAGCACUGAAAAUGAUCCACAACCCAAAUAAUACCUGCUCUAUGGUGGUCCUGACCGUUGAAAGAGGGUGAAAGGGGGCAAAGAAAGUAUGCAAAACAUGGACUACGGUCUGCAGAAAUACAAAGUGCACAUAUGUUAAGUGGAGCUGAUAACAUGGACAAUGAGUGAAUGUAGAUACAAGAUAGCUGUGCUUUAUAAGGUGCUCACUAAGUGUAAUAAACACACGCACAUACACUCCAGGUCUUGUAUGUUUCUUUUUUCUGUGAAAUGUUUGUUUUACACAAUUCUUUUUCUGUUCUGGAGCUUUUGGGGUUUAAACUGGAAAUUUACUGUUCUUAGGAAAUAAAUAAAUGUAAUAAA